UAAAAACCAGAUAAGUAUUGACGUAAACAUGACCAAGAACAAUUUUCUCGUUAGGGUUUUUAUUUAGACAUUAACACUAUGGAACUCAAAAUAUUACGAAUUUAACUGCUCAGCAUCACAUACUUAUGCCUCUUUAAAUCGCGUUGGAGACAGGACUUGGUUGAUAUAUGUUAUCUAUGUAACUCUAGCUUGCUAGUUGUUAGCAAACAAUGGCCAUGGUUUUUCACACUCAAAUAGCCUCCAUUAUGGAGGUGCUAGCGAAUGCAGCCGUGGCAGAGGUCUGUAAACUCGUAGACGACGACUAUGCAGUGUUUCGUUUGGAAAUAACUCAUAGCCAGAAAGAAAACAGGGUUUUGCGGAGGAAACUACAGCUACUGGAGCUGAAGGUGUCACGGGAGCGCGCAGAGAGGACAACGCGAGAGCGCGCACACUCCAGUCGUCCCAGUAGUGUCAAGAUUCUUGACCGAUACAGAGGAAUGGAAAGAGGUACAUUUUGCAGAAGGCCGAGGCAGCGGGGCCCCCUCUGCACAUGUGUGACUAGAUGUGUUAACCAGAAUUGGGUCUUGGACAGUUUGUGAAUCGUUUGCAAUAAUUCCCCUGAUUACUUAGCUAUAUUGCACAAAGACACACUCAUAUUCUAACCAGAUUCUUGAUUUACUGCAUUUACUAUUAUUUACUCAUUAAAAACAAUAUGAUGAAUGGAACAUAAUCAAUCAAUCAAUAAAUAGUGUAUCAAGAAGUUAUGCAAAGUGUAAUUUUACAUCCUGGCCAAUUCUAGACUGUCAAAACUGUCAAUAUUGUACAAUAUAGCGUUCAGUGUUGACAGUACUUAACCUAACCACCUAUUUUCCCCCAAUAACUCUCUCGAGUGAAGGACAUCUCACUGGAGGCCACAGGAGCUUUGUGAAGCCAGCGGGACGUAAUACAUGGAGAGAUGACCAACCAAUCACUGUUGAUGAGGGGAGUGGAACCUCAACCCAGCACUUUAUUGUGAUAGAGGAUGCAGAUACAGAGGCUGCAAGUCCUGGAGGAUCGUCGCUGGUCAAGCAGGAGAGGACUGAAGAAGAGGACCCACGACACAGCAUCACAGAGCUGUCUCUUCCAGGAGGAGGAGGGUCCAAAGGGGCUGCUAGUGAAGGAGGAGGGGUGUGAGGAGGGUCUGGGGAACACUGAGGGGACCAUGGUCAUAGAUGACAACCAGACUACACCUCUUCCUGAACCCGCAGAGGAACAAGCUGAGCAGCACAGGACCACACACAGUCUCACUGAGUCAGUAGACAUGGAGGAUGGGAAGUCUGAUCUGCUGCUGGUCAAAGAGGAGACGAUAGAGGACGGACCAGAGAGCAUUGAUCUGCUGAGUGGACUAAAGAUGGGGGAGCAAGGUGGGUGGCUGGAGGCUAACAGAGGAGACUGGGUGGCCAUCUUGGAUUCCCAGACCCAGACGGGUACAGUCAAUGGCCCGGGGGACGACAUCACUGAGCAGGCCAGGACCAGAGGCGACAUAGUGGAGGUCAGUGGAUGGGACAGCGUCUUCAACUCUGGGCUGGGGAACAACAAUGUUAACCAGAAACAGACUGUCGAACACAAAACAACAGCUGAAUUUAGUCUCCAUGACAACAGACUGGCUGAGACCAGGACGAGGCGUAGAUUUUGUCUGCGUGGACGGGGAGGUUUCGGUAUGCGGCUGGAGAGAGAAGAGACUGACUCGGCUAGCGAUGCUCCGUCCUGCUCCUAUAGUUGUGAGUCAGAGAGACUGAUGGCACCUCAGGUUAAUAACCCCUUAACAGGUGCUGCCUUCAGCCUGCCUUCUAUAGGCUCUAUCAACUGGAACAUGGACCCUGCGACAACACAGACACUCCCUGGCCUUCAUCCUCCUCACACUCUCCUUAUGUUAAAUCAGACCUCAGACAAUGCCAGUUCCUCAACACUAAAUGGCUACACAAGCCCAUUGACAAAUGACAGUAGUACAGAUGGAAUCAGUAAAGGUGGCGGCGCCAAAGAGAAGCGCUUCCCGUGUUCGUUCUGUGGGAAAGCCUUCCGUUUGCCCAAACAGGUGGAGAUCCACCAGAGGAUGCACACAGGGGAGAAACCAUUCGGCUGCCACCUGUGCCGGGCCAGUUUUUCAGACUCGUCCAACUUGAAGAGGCACCAGAGGGUCCACACAGGGGAGAAACCCUACAGCUGUCCCCAGUGUGAGAAGAGGUUCUCCCGCCAGCACCAUAUGAAGAUGCACCUGAAAGUCCACACGGGAGAGAGACCAUUCGCCUGUACACACUGUGGGAAGAGGUUCUCAGAGAGGAGCUAUCUCAGGAUACACCAGCAGAAAAUGCACACAGCCCAUGUAUAGUGAUAUGUAAUGUAGUAUUAGUUAGUUUGUAGUUAAUUCUGUUGGUUUUGGAUGUAGUAGGGAACUGGAUGAGAACUGAAGAAAGAAUGAGUAUGAUGAGACAGAGAAGAUCAGGGGUUAUCAACAGGAUUUGGGGGAUUUUAGUUUUUUAGUUGUGGUCAUUUUGCAGUGUACAAAUUCUAAUUAUUCCCCCCCCCAACCAUUCACUCCGACAAAGAUUCAGCCCGUGGCUGAAUCUAGUUGCUUACCCCUGGAGUAGAUGAUAUGGUGAUGGUUGGUGUCUGCUAAAAUGCUUCACUGAUGAAUGGGACAACCUUGUCCGGUUGUUUUGAUGCUGGUGUUUUAUAAUGAGAAAAUUAUAAUGCCUUAAUUCAUGUUUACUUAUACUAAUCAUGAGAAUGGGGUGAAACUCCUGGACAUCAGUUGUGAUAGUCCAUUCCAUAAUGUCCAUUUUACUUUGACCUGUCCUGUUUUUAGGAUAUGUAUCUUUGUUAACAUGACAGCUCAUUUUUUAUUUUAAUUGAGCGCCAUUUAGGUUAGGCUAUUUGAUCGGAGAAACCUGCAUGAUGUAAAAAGUGUCCGUCUCAUUACAUUGUCAUACAUUUUAUCACCAUUCUGUAAACUACAGAAAAGGCAACGUACUCUUUCUACAAUAUCCUAUAUCUGCUACAUGAUUUGUUAGUUCAUUUUUUGGACUGAACGUUGGUUGAGCGCUGCAGAGAUGCAUCUUUCCAACAUCACCCUGGAGAGGCACGCUGGGAAUGAACAAGCAACAUAUUUUGCGCCCCUGCCUUUGACAUAGUGGGCACUGCUUAUCAAAGUGUGGCAUCACCGCUCACCUAAAAGCCCAUAUACCACUGGUUGAUAGAAAUUGUCAUUGUUUUGGGGCAGAAUUAUGAGGUUUUAUGUGUUGGUAUUGGAGGUGUGUCUUGGUCAGUUUAGCUCAGAAAAUGCCGCCUUCGUCAAUCUGCCGCCAUGGGCGGCCCCCUAAUCCUGCCUAAUGAGUGGGCAGGCCAUGCCUAUAGCAUAUCAUAAUUGCAUCAAUGAAUUAUAUAUCAAUGGUUAUAACAAACUCUGAACACCGUAACACCAAAAUGGAUGCAGAGGACAUGACAAAUAAACUCAAAAGGGGGGAAUAUUUACAGGUUGCUCAGGAGGUAAAGGGAAAGUGGAAUAAAUGUGACUAGUUAUGGAAAAUACUGGAGAUCAAAAAGGAGGUAAGGAGGCAGCACUGCGUGUAUAUUAUGUGUAAUAAAGUAUAUGCAUA